AUGCUAGGGUUUUCGGAGAGGAUCGAGCAGGGCUGGGACUGGUCCGGUGGUCGCACGCGGGGCCCCCCUGCACUGCCUGAGGACCUCGGUCCCGACGGCGAAGGAUGCGAGGCGCGGUGGCACAGCCCGACCUUCCGCAUUAUUUUGUUUGCGGAGCGGUGGGCAGGGCAUGAGACCCAGCCUCUGUCGCCCUCGGUUUCGCCGUCCGCUCUGGGAGGCUGUGCAGAACCCUCCCGCCCGCUCUCACCUCCGUGCCACCGCGCCGCUGAAACCCGGGGUGUCCUCGGGAUAGGCUGCAGCCACACCCUGGGCGAUGAUGCAGGCUCCGGGACCCUGCGCGUCUGUCGGCGCCGCCAACGUGGCCGCGAAACCGCGAGACCCGCCCCGCGGCUCGGGUUACCACCUCCGCCUCUCCCCGCCCAGGCCUCGGCAACCAGUGGACCACAGUCCCAGGCACCUUCCGGAGAACCCGAAUACACCCCACCCUACAGCCUCUACGGAGCCAGCAGUGUGACUGAGCGAGCCGUCACCCGCGCGGGAGUCGGAAGCGGCGGCAGCUCUGAGCCAGUGGGAAGGUUAGUACAGCGGGCUGGGGACUCCCCGCGCCGGGACGCUAGGCCUGCUGCCUUCGGAGACCAGGGUCGGGAGCUCGGGCCCGUGUUGGGGGUGCCCUUGCUGGUCUUCACGACCCAGACGCUGGCACUGGACAAUGGGCUUCUAUCAACGCCACCCAUGGGCUGGCUGGCCUGGGAACGCUUCCGCUGCAAUAUUGACUGUCAAGAGGACCCUAAGAACUGCAUCAGUGAGCGGCUCUUCAUGGAGAUGGCUGACCGGCUGGCACAGGAUGGGUGGCGGAACCUGGGCUACACAUACCUCAAUAUUGAUGACUGUUGGAUGACCGGACGUGAUGACAAAGGCAACUUAGUGGCCGAUCCCAAGCGCUUCCCCAAUGGCAUUGCCCACCUGGCUGACUAUGCUCACUCCCUGGGCCUGAAACUGGGCAUCUACGCCGACCUGGGCAGCUUUACCUGCAUGGGUUACCCAGGCACCACGCUCGAUAAGGUGACUCAGGAUGCGGAAACCUUCGCCAAGUGGAAGGUGGACAUGCUGAAACUGGAUGGCUGUUACUCCACCCCCCAGGAGCGGGCUCGCGGGUACCCCAAGAUGGCUGCUGCCCUGAAUGCUACAGGCCACCCCAUUGCUUUCUCCUGCAGUUGGCCAGCUUACGAGGGGGGCCUGCCCCCCAAGGUGAACUACACCCUGCUGGCUGACAUCUGCAACCUAUGGCGCAACUACGAUGACAUCCAGGAUUCCUGGGGGAGUGUGCUCUCCAUCCUGGACUGGUUUGUGGAGCACCAGGACAUACUGCAGCCGGCGGCUGGCCCUGGGCACUGGAACGACCCAGACAUGUUGCUCAUUGGGAACUUUGGCCUCAGCUUUGAGGAAGCCCAGUCCCAGAUGGCCCUGUGGACAGUGCUGGCGGCCCCUCUCUUCAUGUCCACGGAUUUGCGGACCAUUUCUGCUAAGGACGUAGACAUCCUGCAGAAUCCACUCAUGAUCAAAAUCCACCAGGACCCCUUAGGCAUCCAGGGACGCCGGAUUCUCAAGGAAAAAUCCCACAUCGAAGUGUUCAUGAGACCACUGUCCAACGGGGCCAGUGCCCUAGUCUUCUUCAGCCGCAGAGUGGACAUGCCUUAUCGCUACCGCACCUCCCUUGCCAACCUGAACUACACCAGCUCCAAAGUGUAUGAGGCCCAGAACGUCUACACAGGUGACAUCAUCAGUGGCCUCCGUGAAGAAACCAACUUCACAGUGAUCAUCAAUCCUUCCGGAGUGGUGAUGUGGUACCUGUACCCCACCAAGAACCUUGAGACGUCCUGGCCAUGA